AUGUUACCCGAUGCUGAUGACCACAUUCCAGAAGAAUUACCUUCACAGAAGGUAUAUAAGAAACUUAAAAAUCAAGAGUGCUAUUCUAAUCAUGCUGGGUCUUAUAAAGGAAAAAGGGGACAAUUAGAGACAGAUCGUAAUAUUAAACCCUAUGCACAAAAAAUAGCAGAUGCCUGGUGCAACAUACUUAGGGACGAGUAUCGGGAAAAACUGGGCACAGAGCCCUGUAAGUUUCUAUAUUGGUACAUAGGAAGUGCAUUGCCGGCCACUUCGGGAGGAAUACAAUUUUUCAGCCUUUUGAAUAAAAUUUACACUACACUGAGUCCAGAAAUAUAUAAAUAUAAGUGCUAUAUUGCAUAUUCUGAUAAUAUUAGCAAAAGCCUCUUCAAUAAUUGGAAAAUUGUCUAUGAUUAUUGGUAUGACUAUGAAAAUAUAAAAGGGAAGUUACUGGGUAGUGGUACACCUAAUAAAGAAGCCUAUUGUAAGCGCGUCAGGGAAGCUACUUCAGCAUAUACGGAAGUACAAACACAUUGUGACAGUCAUGGAAGUACUAAAUAUUGUCAGGAAUUCAGGAGCAAGUAUAAAAAGUGUAUUGUUGACCAAUCAUUAGAAACAAAAUGUGAAGAAGCACUUGAAACAGAAGAUCCAGCAGUGGCAAAAGGAACAGUACAAACACAAGUCAAACUAACGAAGGCGAAUUUGGAGGUGUUACCCUCAUAUGUGCAAUAUUAUAGGGGGUUCAUAAAAACUCUUGACUAUUGCACUUAUUGCCCUUUCCCCAGAGUAAAAAUAAGGGACGCAAUAAAAACAUAUUUUCACGAUGAAAAAUAUGCAACGGUAGUUGCAAAGGCGUUGUGUUACGCAUCUAGUAAGAUACAGGACGCUGAGUCCUAUAAAGAUGUGGGUUGUAAAUUUUUCAAUUUUUGGCUACAAGAUAAGUUCUCUGAAAAAUUGAAGAAGGGGGAUGAUGGUACUUCAUUUUCGACAUUGGUGGAAGCAAUUAACAAGGAGCUUAGUGGUAUUGAUUCUAAACAUAGGUGUGAGAUCAACGAUCUCAAUACCACCACCUCCACCAGUGGUGGUGGCGUCUCUUUCCAACAUAAAAAAACACUAUUUGAAUUCCUCACUGACCAUGAAAAAAUAAUGAAUCCAUUCGGCAGUCCCAUGACUUCUGAUAUGAAAUGUGAUAAGAAGUAUAAAAAACACUUAGAGGACAUUGUUUCUGCCUAUAACGAGGUGCACACUAAGUGUGGGAAGAGUACUGAUACAUGCCAUAGCGAAUUUAAGGAAGUAUUUCAAAAAAACGACAAUAAUUCAACAUUAACUUUAGAAUGUCAGUUAGUGACUGAAUCAGGUGAGGAUGUUGAAUCUGAGGGAGAAGAUAAAUUCCCAUCUUCUGCAUUUAAUGAACUUUCUGAUGAUCAAACUGUCACCUGCAAUGAACAAUGGAGGAGAGCAUUAGAAAGUCCUCAAUUAUUGAGGGAAAGCGGAGCUGGAAUCACCCCUAUUGCGGUUUCCUCCGCUGCUGCAGCAUUAAUAGGACUACCUGCAUUGGCAUACUAUUUUUACAAGUACAAAUCUUUCGUCUUGAGGAAGCAUAACCACACUGGGGGAGGAAUGAGCGGAAGCAAAAGAGAAGGAAGAGAGAAAAGGUCCCUUAGGAGAAUAUUUAACACGUUCUCAAACGGCGACGACAGCUCAACGGAGUACGACUCAACAACGGAAUAUACAACUGAUGACUCUACCACACUAUAUUCCAUUCCAUACACAUCAUCUAGGUGA